GUGUAAACAUGCUCCUCGAUGGCAAAAUGUUACCUCUUACCAAUCUCCUGUCCAUUUUCAUCAUCUUUAUUCAGAUUAUGGACCAAUAUGCUGCAUCAAUAAAAGAAGAUAUAGAACUGUUUCUUUUAAAUCAUGUGCCAUCGAAGACAUUAAUCCGUGCCAAUAACACCGAGGUACUGGGUUCCUUGAAGAUAGAGGCAGAGGACCUAUCAGAGGAAGAGACAGACAGGUUAAUUUAUUACUUAGUGGGAACAUUCCCACAAUUGAGAGAUUUGGGGGCGUACGACAUCUCGGAAUUGGUCCAUGACACUGUUAAAUUUGUGAUAAAAAGAAGCAAAGAAAGAGGCUACUGA